AUGUCACUAGUAAAACUGUGUAAAGACAUAGAUCUGUGCCACUAUCAGCACUUACCAGGCGUGAGAUUUACAGUUCCUCUGUGCUAUCACGUGAUUAGAAUUGUCCAAGGAUGUGAAUAUGGUUUUGGAUUUCAAAGUAUCAGUUUAGGCAAAAAGAAGCCACUGUACAUUGGAGUUUUACUAGAGCUAUCCGAAAGUUGGUACGCAAAAUACACCAACUUUUUCCCAAUUAUGUUUGACGAUGCAUUUAAAAGAAUUUAUAAUAGGUCAGAUAUUCUUGAAGGAUAUGAAUUCAAAAUGAUAAUAAGGGAUACAAAGGGUAAAGCAGGCCUAGCAGCAAGACGACUUACUGAAAUGAUUGAGGAGGACCCACCAAAAGUUGCAAUCAUUGGACCAACACUGUCGUAUUCUCUCACAGUAACCGGUCAAAUAGCACCAUUCUAUAACAUCAUAGAGCUGUCGUAUAUAGCUAUAACAGCCACUACUGUAGACCGCGACUUAUUCUCCACGUUGUUUAAAGUAAAUCAAGUCACAGAUGCAUUUAACCCGUUACGAAUAAAAGUGAUGAAAUAUUUCGGAUGGACAAGAGUGGGUACCAUGGUAUAUCAGGAAGAAGUAUCAUUUUCGCAAAUUGCGAAUUUCCAUAAUCUUCUCCGUGACAACAACAUGACUUUGGUGACGUCAGCUGUAAUGUCAUACACCAGCAAUUUCAAAGAUAUUCUUAAAAGUUUCAAGCAAUUUGGGGUGAGAAUCAUUAUCGGCGCAUUUAGAACUGAGGUAGCACCGUACAUAUUCUGUGAGGCGUACCAUCAGAAAAUGUACGGUCACAGUCACGUAUGGAUACUUACCGGACCGACCAUGUUCAAAGGAUGGAUAGACAAUGCAAAUUUCGAUAAGAUAGGAUGCACAAAAGAACAAUUGAUCAAGGCAACUCAAGGGUAUUUCACAACUGACUACCAGCGAGACGGUGACUCUACCAAAACAACAGUAUCUGGACAGACUUGGGAACAAGCCGUAAAUGAUAUUAAAGUACUAGCAAGCAGCACAAAUUUUUCUUUGUCGUCGUCAUUAACCUGGAUUUAUGACACGCCAUGGGCACUUGCUUUAGGCCUCAACAACAGUAUAAAGUAUUUAGAGGCGUCUGGACUAGAGUUACACAACUAUAACUAUAGCGACAAAUACUUGCAGGCCGUGGUUAGAGGAAUGAAAGAGGUGAAAUUUCAAGGAAUUUCGGGCCCAGUCGCAUUUGAUAAGACGGGAGGUCGUAUAGGAGUGACCUCCUUAAAGCAGCAUUUCUAUGAAGGUGAACGUAGAGUGGCAUGGUAUGACCCCAGCAGUGAUGUUUUAACUUGGCUUAUGGACAGUAAUUCGCUUUGGGAAGGAAGCGAAAUUCCUUUGGACAGAUUCACAUACCAAGAUGUUCUUGUUAAACCAUGCUUGACGUCGUUUGGUUUCGUUGUGGCACUGAAUUGUCUCGGCUUUAUUUUAUCCUUCAUUUUCUUGAUUUUCAAUAUCUACUACAGAAGAAACAGAAUGAAGUUUUGUGUGUAUUCUCAUUUUUUCUUCUUCCUCAGAGCCAUUAAAAUGUCAAGCCCUAUGGUUAACAACGUAAUUAUUGUUGGCUGCUUGCUGAUAUAUCUUGAAAUACUGGUAAAGGGGAUUGCUUUCUAUAGGAACCAGAUUGACGGCAUCGGAAAUAGCUUUUGCACGAUUCAAAUAUGGCUUCUCUCGAUAGGUUUCACUUUAUUGUUUGGAGCUAUUUUCUCAAAGACAUAUCGUGUGUAUGUCGUGUUUCGGGAUCAUAAUAUGAAGCCAAUUAAGGACUAUCAUGUGUUCGGAAUGAUUGGAAUAAUGUUAGUGAUUGAUGUUAUCAUCCUUGUACCAUGGACAAUAUUCUUCCCCCUACAGUUAAUCAAGGUUACUCGACUGACAAUGAACAAGAAUGAUUUCAGCAGCAACAUGAUAUAUUCGGAGACAUACCUACAAUGUUACCAUGACAACAGUAUGUACUGGCUUAUGGUCAUGUAUAUUUACAAAGGUCUUCUACUUGCUUUCGGUGUAUUCAUUGCAUGGGAGACGCGUCACGUGACCAUUCCUAUGCUCAACGACUCCAAGAAUAUAGGCGCGUGCAUCUACAAUGUUGUCGUUGCGUGUAUAUUCGGUGUCCCUCUGGCACACAUGUUACCGAUAGAACAGAUGACACUGGCAUUUACAUUGGAAUCGUGUCUACUUUUCUUUUGUACGACAAGUACACAAUGCAUCAUAUUUUUACCAAAGAUUAAAGUAAGAAACCAAGUUCACGGGAACUUUGUUCGCCAACAGCAGACGUUAAAUACGGCUACGUGUUCAACCUCUAAAACAAAUGUGGUGAAUACAGAAAUGAAGGCACCAGAUCAUGAUGACAAUUCACAAGAUGUCGGUCUGAAAAAGGAAAAUACAAGAUUACGGAUGAUCGUAGCUAAUGAAGCGAUUGCUGUCGCACGGCUACGUAAACAACUUUUACAAGUAACUGGAAAUGUCCAUUUCUAUAAAAGUGGGGACGACUAUGUAGUGUGUAGAAGCGAGGGUCUGAUGCGCAGGCAAAGUCUAGACGAUGAUAUCGCAGACGAUAACACUUCUAGAACAGACGAGAACACUUCCAGAGCAUACGACAAUAUUUCUUAAAUCUUUGACUCGCUAGAACCUAACAAAACAACUACAACAAAACAUUUUUUC